AUGAACAUUAAAUCAACACGAUCUACAAACGAUCUUACACAAACAUCUAUUAAUUCUUUAUUAUUACCAUUUAAACAAGACCAACGACAAUUAUUAACGAUGGACACCACUGAACAGCUUAAUUUCGACUCUAUACAAACAUCAAUUGAUUUAAAUAAAAACGAUACCAAUUUAAUGGAACAAAAAACACAUAUGCUUGGUCAUGAUUUACAUGAUCAGCAUUUCCUACAACAUGAACAAAGUCAACAAACUUCUAUUCAAUUACAACUACGUACAAUACAAAAAUAUGAUGGCCAUGGUGAUGCAACCCUUUGGUUAUAUGAUAUUAUGAAAAAAUUUGAUACUCUACAUCUUACAGCUGGUCAACGAUAUGAUUUAAUUUCUGAUAUAUUAACUCAAGAAGCAUUAGUUUGGUAUAUAAAUGAACAAGAUCAAAUGCCAACAUUUAAUUCGUUUAUUAAAAAUUUUCUUCGAUAUUUUAAAAAUAAAGAAUUAAAUCAAGGUCAACCAAUGCCAUGCAUUACAUCGUCUGAAAAUGUGAAGCAACAAGAAAUUAUCGAUGUUAAAGACAGUAUUAUAGAUUCUCUUAGAAACCAAAUGAUGAUGGUUAAUUUAGAGAAUUUACCAAAAUUUACUGGCAAAUCUAAGCAAAAUCCAUCCAAAUGGUUGACAAUCAUUCAAGAAAAAAUGCAUUUAUUAAAACUGACCGAUGAAGAAAAAUUAUCUUAUAUACCUUUAUGUUUAGAAGCCGAAGCACGUGAUUGGUUCUAUGAUAAUAAACAUUUAAUACUAACAUGGACAACGUUUACACAAAAAUUAAUAAAAACAUUUGAAUCUUCUGGUAAAGCAGAUAUUUCUUUUAAUCGACUACGUCAUUAUGAACAAGGUAUCAAUGAAGAUGUUAGUCAUUAUUAUUUUCAAAUUAUGAAAUUAUGUGUAGAGGCUAAUCCCAUGAUGGAUGACGCUAACAAAUUACAGUAUUUAAAAGAUGGUUUAAAACCUUCUCUACGUUUUGAUGUUUUAUUACAAAAUCCCACAACUUCUGAAAAAUUUUUAGAAUAUGCACAAAAGGUGGAAGAACUUAAAUCAUUAGAUGAAAGACAAAAUACCAUAGUCCAAUCAACACAAGAAAACUUUACAACAUCAGUAACAAUUAAUCCAACAAAUCGAAAUAUUAAUACACAACAAGUUAAUCAACAUUCUCAAGUUCAACCAUCAACUUAUAAUAAUACAUAUUAUAAAGCUAAUUAUAAAAAUAAUUAUAAAAAUAAUAAAUUGUCUCAACAACCUCUACCUGUUACAACAAAUCAAGAUCAAUAUAAUUAUGAUAUACCUAAACCACCAUAUCAAUGUUAUAAAUGUGGUGCAAAUGAUCAUUAUAUUCGUAAUUGUCCAUAUUUUCAAUAG